AUGUCUGAUCAUCAUUGCUCCCAGUGCCCGGCCAAAGCGCUCCCGCCUACACAUUGCUGUGUCGUAAAAUUAUUCUUCGAAAAGUUUCCCGACGAUUUAAAAAUUAUCAUCAUUAGGCGUAUGAUCACCCCCCAGAAAGUGUGCGAGAAUCAUAUCAUCGAUGAGUGCUGGGAACCGUGGUUAUGCAAAGAUGGAUCGCAUCAAGCCACAAAAGAAGGCACCGCGGAGUACUCCGUCGUCCAUCUACCAUGCCCGGCUCUCACAUUCAUAAGCCCUUUCAUCCACGAUGAAGGCUAUUUACAGUUCUUCCGGAACCAUACCUUUGUCUUCGAUGCCUUAAGCGAGAAGUCAAGGCAAGAAUUGACACUACGUCUCACUCAAGAGAGAUUCACAAUCGAAGGAGAUGGGUCAAUUAGCGACCAAUCCAGGGUUCUCUACAGCUACACAUACCCCGUCGCGUCGCGCCUCCUCGACACCAUUGACCACCCCGAAUGGACAGGCAUAGGCUCGGAGCAGUUCCAGCAGGAAUGCGAUGAUCCUGAGGCAUACCAACAAGUCGACAAGUACCGCCACCAAAUAAGAAGCAUCGUCUUCCGCGGCGCAGGCCCAAAGGAGUGGUCGUUUCUAGACUGGAAUAGUGUUGACUGGACGCGACCUUUGAAAGUCGACUGGAAAUCGCUGCCAAGUCUCGAGCACCUUGUCUUGGAUCUCAGAAUCUGCACGCUCCUGAUGGAUACAUCCUCUCCAGAGGACCUCAAAAAGACGGCGAACGUGAACAUCCGAGAGGGCGCAAUGAGAAUGCAAGGGCUGAACUUGAAGUCUUUGAUCAUCUACGGUCUCUGCAGCAAGCUUCUCUGCAGUGAAGAUCCGAGUUACAUGCCGAUGAUCAAGGAAAUGUUUGGAAAGACUGUGCGUGUUGGCGGCAAGCUGGAGCUUAGAGAUCCAGAGACAUAUACGGGCUGGUAG